AUGCCCGGCUCCUGGGGCGCCAGCGACUCCGACUCCGAGGAGCAGCACCCAGCAUCCAGCUCCGGGCCACCACACCCGCUGCAGAACCAAGACGCACCGACGUACGCAGCGCGCCGCAUGCUCUCGCGCCGGCCCGAGUACCUCUCGCCGCGCCGCAUCGCCGUCAAAGUCGGCUCCUGGAAUAUAGGCAACUUCCAGUGCUGGGGGGACGUGCGCGAGUGGCUGCCGGAGCUCGGCGGAGCGGAGGAGAACACGGCUACGGAUAUAUAUGUACUUGCUCUGCAGGAGGUCGUUGAUCUUGCGCAGACUAGUAGCUUCUUGAGAUACACGGAUCCGAAAACGGCGCUUACGUGGAAGGCGCAUGUGCAGGCCGCGCUCCCGCCCGGCUACGAAUGUGUCGCCUCAACGCAGCUGAUCGGGAUGCUGCUGCUGGUAUACGUCUCGCCCACGGUCCUGCCGGUGAUCAGCAGCGUGUCGACGACUACCGUCGGUACCGGGUUGAUGGGGUACGCUGGCAACAAGGGGGCAUGCGGCGUGCGGCUCGUGCUCGGCGACGCGCUGCGACUAUCGAUAGUGAACUGCCACCUUGCGGCGUUCGCCAACGCCGUCGACCGCCGGAACUGGGACGCGGCGCAGAUCUCGAGCCGGAUGGUGUUUGAGGCGCCUGGGAAGGAGGUGGUUGGGCUGGCGGGGGCGAACGAGGUUAAAGCGCCUGUGCCGGAGGGCCUGGAUGUGGCGGAUGUCGUCCUGUGGUGUGGCGAUCUCAACUAUAGGAUCGAUCUGGAUAAUGCCGAUGUUAGAGCUCUGCUCGAACCGCAUAUGCCGAAGGAUCUGCCCCCGACCCAUGCGGAUAUGUCGCCGGCCCCGUCGCCCGUGCUGGGCCAGGGAGAGAAAUGGCCGGCCCCGCAGAAGUUGGCGAGGAAACCGACCGCGCUGAAUAAUGAUAACCCAACGCUCCAGGGAACGCUGAAUAGCUUGUUGAAGCAUGAUCAGCUGCUGAAGCAGCGGCGGGAGGGGAAGGCGUUCGCCGACUAUAAGGAAGGUGGCGUGACGUUUCUUCCAACGUAUAAAUACGAUGUGGGAACGGUUGGGGUGUGGGAUAGCAGUGAGAAGGCGCGGACACCCAGCUGGUGUGAUAGGAUUCUGUGGAGGGUCAAGGAGCCGCCCCGAGAGAAGACGAAGGAGCCGGAGGAGAAGCGGGAUCGAGCCUACAGCGUUUCCGAAGGCGCCGCCAUCUCGGACGUUAUCAAGGAGGAGCUCUUGUUCGAGACUGUCUACGAUGAUGAUUCGGACGAGGAGGACUUGGUAGUUUCCAGAGCGGAGUCUCCGAUUAUUCGCCAGGAGCGCCGGAAAGAAGUGCCGCCCAUCUUUGACGAGCCCACGUCAUCCGUGCAAACGCCGUUCGGGGAGAUCAAACUCGAGCAAAAAUUGUAUACUGCCCAUCAGAACGUUUCUUCGUCCGAUCACAAGCCGGUUUCUGCAACGUUUAUGCUCACGUUUCCGGCGGUGGAUCCGGAGCAGCGCGCGAAGGUCCAUGCUGAGGUGGCGAAAGAGGUCGAUAAGCUCGAGAACGAGCGGAAGCCGGUCAUCACUAUCAUCAUCGAGCAGCCGGAUGGAACCGGAACAUCCAACGGUGCCGGAGACGUGGUCGAUCUCGGCGAGGUCAGGUUUUGGGAGCGUAAACAGCGGACGGUUACGGUGGCAAACACGGGGACCUCGAAAGCGAAGAUCCACUUCGUUGGUAGGCCCGCGCCUGACGGCAGCGCGAAAGAAGCCAUCUGCAAGCCGUGGAUCAACGUGGAAUUCUCG